AUGGCCGCGUGGAUAACGCCUGGAGCCGUUGUGCUAUCCAGUGCCUUCCAGCGCGAUCACUCAGCAUUUUUCCCCGGACCCAGAAGGGAAGUGAGCAAGGCCGUAGUGGAGACUGCGGAAGAGGAAGCGGCAAAGUCGCUGACGCUGGAGGAGAUGCACUGGGUGCAGGCUGGCCUGAAUCUCAUUCGUAGGCUGAAUUGCCGUCGAAUUGUUGGCAUGAGCCGAUCGGAGUGUGAGAAGAUUCGUCUGGCUCCACCGGCCCGCUUCGCUACGUAUGUUGCUUCUAUAGGCGAGGCAAAUGACAGCGUCCUGCACGUGAGCCAUCCGGGUGGUGGAGUGACUGCUGCUACCUCCGCAACACCUGCCGGGCAGGAGGCGACCUCGAGUGUCCACGAACCUGCGCAGCGGACGGUAGGUGUGGUCGUCCUCGACCCCCUGUCGGAUCGUUCCUUCGGUCAUCCUGUGUUCAUCUUUCGCACCGUUCGGUUCGACCGCGGGAAUUCAGACGCAGCAAAUCUGAAAUCGGAAUUAUUGCGGUUCUGCACUGAACAAAGGGGUUUAGUUUACGGUGAGUAUCUAAAAGGGACAGAUAACUCUGAUGACAAUGUUACGCAAAGAGCACGUUUUUAUAUUGUCCGGUCCCCUCAGAGAAGUUGGUAAUUCUCAUGGUUUCGUGUAAAAUUUGGGUAGAUUCAUUCACCUGGUUGCUGUCUUCAGCCUCAACAUUGUCGUCUUACGACGAUUUUCUCGUGAUUUUUCAUAGUUUCAAAAGGUUUACCAGCAUUUUUCACCGUCUUGGCACACAUAAACUUUAGGGUCCACAAACACGGUCCAGUUUCUUAACUUUUCCAGAAGUUUUUUUAGUAUACAAGCUAAAUGGAGUACGGAACAUGAAUUGAGACUGCUGUAGAUGCAAGGAGUAUUAAAGAAGGAAUUUUACGGGGAAUCCAUAAUUGAUUCCAAACAGAAAAUCCCUACAUAAGUACUCUGCGUAAUGUCGGUAAUAUCAUUCUGCCUAUAUAUCAUGCGCCGCUGUGCGGCUGCUGGUUGGGCUCGAGAGAGAGCCCUUAAGGCACAACGGAACGAGUGAGUUCCGUAUGAACGAUCGGUGAGUGCCCCCUAACAUUGAGUUCUUUAAAGUCAUCAGCUCAUCCUUCCUUAAUGCCUCUGAUAAGUCAAUAUUUUAAGGCUUUUCGAAAGAAUUAGCGUUGCGAGAAUGAGCACGCAAGGAUUUAACAGAAAGAUCAAGAAAAUGUGCAGCUUUUCCAUCGGGAAUUACUUUGCCGAGUUGGAAAACGCCUGUUUUGCCAUAUGGUGCAGUCCUCCAACAAGCCUAGGGAGAUUUUGGCCAACUCUUGAGUAGCUCCCCUAAAACUACCUUUUAGUUCAAAUAACGUGUCCGUGGAUUUGCAUGACUCCCUUCCAACUAGGGCGUCCGAUUACUGUUUAAGCAAACAGAGUAUUCUGAGACCUGGAAGACUCACUAUGCAGAAGUGCCUGUCCAUCAGAUGUCACUUUCGUUCCGUUGAAUGCUGGGAAUGAGACCAUUGUUUGUCCUAUACUUUAAAUAACGUUUUAAUCCCAAUACUAAGAGAUCACAGGGGUCAAACAAGUUGGUCUGGCGGUACGUGUCGUCUCUAUAAACUUAACUAGAAGGGGCGUCACCGUCAACUCGUCCGAUGCUGUCGUUUGCCCUACUUUCUGUUGCAAGAGCUGGUGUUAUUUUGCGAUCCUGAGAGCACACGAGAGGAUGGAAUUUAAGAGAAAAAUGGGGUCUGUUUUGUAGCUCGAAACUUAAAAAGAGUGGAUAUUAGAAGAACAAAAUCCGACUGACGUUCUUCACGCGGGAAGCGAAUUUGAGCUGGUAGGUCCUCAGUCAAAAGACAUGAAUUUACUUUAGCAGACCCUGCAGGUUUAACCAAAAAAGGAAUGUAAGGCUAGGUCGUCCAAACGGGGUUCUACUCUGCCCACGUAACCAUAUGAACAACGGUUCCACAGUAUCUGGGUACAAAUAUUUAUGGAAUUUCUCUUGUCAGGACUAUUAAAAAUUACUUGGUAGCGUAAGACGUUGGCAGGAACACACGGUCUGCAGCGACCCACUAUUAGGAACAUUCGGCAGUUUCCUCCGAGGACACAGUCGGAAAUUUUGCGCCCAUAAUAAGAUGCCAUGAGAAGUACGAUCUAAGGGGCUGUUAGAAUGGGAUAAGACUUUAUUGCCAUUUCAUCCUCUCCCUUAAUUUCUCCUUCUGCUUUUUCCAAUUGCAUCUGUAUCUACUGCCUCUCGUGCUUUGGGGAUCGAAUUAAGUGCCCACAAGCGUGCGGACAGCGUGCAAAAUGGGCGACUGUUCGCCGUAUCUGCUCCCGCGUCAUGACUGCGUUUUACCUCUCACCAGAGAAACGCGAAUAACGGAUCUUCGCGCUGACAUCCGACAUUUUUUUGGUAGCGGGUGUUUAAAAGAGAGAGAGCCAGCAAGAAAAGAAGAAAAGGAGGAAUAUAGAGACAUAUGCGUUCUUCGAAAAGCUGCAUCAACGAAGGCGGCAUCUCAGAAAGCCUGUCUCCUGCCUUCGGAAGUGCAUAGCAAACAGUUAAACUGCCCAAACAUUGUUUACAUAACACAACAGGAAGAUUACACCUAAAAGAUGAUUUAGUCCUUGGGGUCUGUUAGGUAACGCCACAUGUUGUGAUUACAGUUCACAAGACUCUACGACCCAAAUCUCUGCCAAAAAUUUGAUUAGGCUGACUUGACCGAUGCGGCUUUUUCUCGGGUUUUCAGCUUAGCCAUUCGACAGAACUCCCCGGCGUCAGGAGUUUUCACAAAUUUCUCGCUGUAUUUCGCAUAAAUUAGUCGGUCCUUUCAAGAAGGACGCGGAUAGCAAAAGUCUGAUUUUAAAGGUCAGCCUCUGUUUUUUCUGACCAGCGAGAUUCCGGCUGACAGUAACAUAACUCUUGUAAUUCAACGGCCGCCCAGCGCAGUUUGUAGCCUAUUUGGUGUUUCAAGUCUGGAUGUUCUCCCAGAUUCCUCAACCUGGAAACCUUUUAGUCCGCAGCCAAGACGUCAAAAACAUGGAUACAAAUCGUUACGGUUCUUUGAUAUUUGCAGGUAUAUCCGUACACUGAUUUUCGGAAGCUACUAAGAUUUUCCAAAAUGAAACGAAGUAAACUUGUCAACAUAUAUAUCAGUUUCCAUUUCAUAGAAUAUUUAAUGGCAAUUUAUGCGCAGAAACUCAAUGAACACCAAACGCUAAAUACGAAAUAAACAAACGGACUUCGGAAAUAAUACAGUAUAAUUUGGAAACUCAAGGGCGAUAGCAAAUUAUGAUUACUGGCAGUGCGACCGCGCAUUUUCCGGGAAAUUGCCAAACUUUUUGGCUUUAUUAUAUAUACUGAAUGCGAUAACAAAAUAUCUCGCAAAAAUGUCACUAUUCUUAUAUUGAACUUAUGUGUAGAUCUCAAAUUUACUCUUCAAUUUGACUUGGAUUCAGCAGCAAGCAGCCCCUGCUAGAGGUCUCUGGGCUUUGAACUGAAGACCAAAUGGGGACCCCCCCACACACACACACGCUUCAGACUUAACCUCUUAGUCCACAUUUCAGGCACCGACUGCAUCUGUCCAGAGUCUACGGGCAAUUGCACCCCAUCCUUUUUGGAACCCUCAACCUCCAGCAAACCAUCCGCAUCAUCGUCUGAUUUACAAGCUAACGAAGAUGCAAGCAAUGACCAGCAGACCUGUGAAUUUCACUUCCUUCCCAGCGUGCGAAUGGUGACAACGAAGAACUAUCUUCGAGACACAACCUCACCCAUCUCGAUGACGGCCAGUCUGUCCCAGUGGUCACUGUUUUCUAGGAGAAAACAGCUCCGAGAGAGGACAACCAGGAGUCUGCGCUCACCGCAGUCCUCCAACGUCAGCAUUCUUCGUUGUGUUCCUCUGGUUGCCCUCGGACUUGCUCCGUGUCCCAACUCAGUCCAGCAGAAUCGUCGUAGACGUGAGUUCCGAUAGACAUUGAUUAAAAUUGCUCAAAGAUAUGCAUGACUCAAGCGCCCAAUGGAGUUACAAGUCCUGCUUACCGUUCUGCCCCGCGUUUGAGCCUAGCUAGAAGAUUAAUGCAAUAGGAUCGAAAGUGACAGACAAAAAUACUCGUUCGUAGAAUUCGUAUUUCGCGGUCAUUCAAAGGAAUUGGAUUCGCUCUGACUUGGCUAUUUUUUAAAAGUUUGAACCAACCUUAAAGGCUUGUCUAAGUCUGUUCACUGAAAUUUAUUUCGCUAAUAAUUUUUCAAGUCAUCGCUUUAACAUAUGUGUGUAAUCACUGUCACCGUCCGGUCUAACUCCGGUGAUGGAUGGGGAGUUUAAAGAAAAUUUACAUCUACUACCACACAAGGCACUUGUUACAUGCCUUCUUGGACUUCAUUCUCUGUUCUUAAGACUUCCAGUAACCUGUGUACCAGAGCAACCGCAAAAGGACUGGGGGCCUACUGGUCAGCAGGAAUGUUCAGCUGUCGUAGAAGACUCCUUAAAAUGCAUCUACUAAUGAGGUUUUCUUAUAUUCUUGUGACUUCCUAGGACUCUAUCGACGUCGUGUAUUACCAACUUCCUACUCAAGUGUAACGGAACCCUUCGAAGGAGGCCUUUGGAGCCGACCGUCACAGUGGCUGAAUCCCAUGCGCAAGAGAGAGGCAAUUGCAUCUUUCCUGCCCCAACCCCCAGUCCAGACACUUGACCCCAUCGUACCUCCUCAGCGGGAUCCGCAUGUUGACCAACUUUGUUCCGCCUACGCCCGCUGUGACUAUGCCCUACUUCUGGCCAGUAGCUGGACGGACCGCUGGCAUGCCUCUCUAACCAAGGCGCAUGUCAAUCAGCUGGUGGAGAAACUCCGUUACCUCGGCUACACCAAUUCUUAUAUGUCCACUUUCUUCAUGGACGCGUUCGCAAGUGGCGUCUUUUCGGACGCAGGUGGUCACCUGGAAGAAGUAUUUUCAUGCAAAGACUGGAGACAGUCUGCUUCCAUAAUUGAUUUCGUCUAUUCACUAUUGGGCUUUAGGCAGACGACACCUUCUGGCAUGGACUUGAGUAGAUGACGUUCAGCCUUCUGGUUUCUUCUUCAUUCUAUUAAUCGCAGACUCCAAUACCCCGUAAUAUCUAGUAAACGUUUUGUGAGACCUUCUAGUCUACCGCAAAGAUGGGCCAAAAUAGGACUAUGAAGAGCCGUGAGUUCAAGUGGAACAACUUGCUAGUUGCGAACGGAAACCCACCGCCAAGGAGCUUCCAAAAGUAGGAAAUGUCCACAAGAAAUGUAUUUCGUGCAGUUCGUAACAUGCCUACACUUAUUAGUGCGGUUCCGGUCACCGACGCCUUAGCUUACUUGCAAAAGGAGAGCAGAUUCAGCUCAGGCUGUGGGUUGAUACUCAGGUGCGAAGGAAUUUGGUGCCGACGAUCUAAGUAGUGAUGGAGCCGCCACUCCACUAGAUACUCCGCGCUGUCACUAAGCGAUGGCUUUGACAACAGGUAGUUCAGGAUGAAGCCUCGCGCGCUUUAUAACUUGCCAUAAUCUCACUAACUUGGUGUCGAAGAACAGGUCAGAGCUUGCCGUUCGAAUCUUGCCUCCUUUUAUGACAUGCUUGGCUUUCAACCGGUUAUUCCUGUGGGAAAAUUGACGUUAUAAACAAAUUCUUAACCAAAAGGUGUUGGCUGAUGUUAAGUAAAGAUGAAAAUUACGUCAGGUUCACUCCAUCCACUUGUCCCCUGCCAGUCAAUACGACAAAUUAGACCGGCUAUUACAAGACAUGAGACUGACUUAAUGAGUUCCCGUGAUUAAAGAAGCCUGUUCUGUAAAACACGCAUUCUCAGAGACUCCCUGAAAGAAAGUAGCAUUUAAACGUGAACGCUGUAGACAAUGUCAGCAUUCUAUAAUAAGGUCACACAGAUAAGGCCGUAUUGCUCCCGCAGUUGUCAGCAGUGGCCUGGAAGGUCUGAGAUUUUAUCCCCAGUACGUUUCAUCCUAGAAAAUGCAAACUGAUGUAGCAUUCCAGUCAGUGAAUUUCGAAAAAGUCGCGUGUUCAUCUAUGCACAAGUUUUCGAAAAUCAUGCAUGCCAAAAAUUUUUCACUCCUCCCUAAUUUUAGACGAAGGUCCCCGGGACAAUCCCCGCCUCGAGGACAAGCCGAGUAAAGAAGGUUUUCGUGAACGGUUACGAAUCCUCUGUCACACUCCAAACUGUGUUUCUACACUCUUCCUCUACUUCAACAACUUUGUCCUGCCUGACGGCGACAUGCUGCUCUGGAACCUAAAGGAGGAUGGCGGCCAACAGGUACACAACGACAGCUGCAGCAGCAGCAGCAGCCUAGCAGUGGAAUUGUUUAGUUCGGGGUCCUGCUGCGGUAGACAGUUUUAGUGAAAUUUCAUGCUGCCCCCAGCAACGCCGGCUCUGCGACACACGUACACAAGUACGCAUGAAACGAACAGCCACACGUGAUCUUGGCCAGACACAAAACGGCCCAGUUUGCGACGGCCAGGACCAAACACAAGCGCACACGCCUUUUUAUAUUCACGCAAACACACGGUCAUGCGCACGCAAAGAUCGGCGAUUGUCAACAGCCUGCUUGCUUUAAGACCAGAUUAAUUACCAAUUCAUAAAGGCAGGCAAUGAGGCAUGUGCUUGCCCGGGUAUGCCACCAGGCAUACGCGUCUUACUGGGUGAAGCCAGUUCAUCACGAAUGGUGUCGAGGACGAAGGCAGUGAAAACGAUGGGAGAUAGGUGACAGCUGCUGCGCUUGUAGUCUUUUUGUCGACGACGCGUUUAUGUUUUAUGCGCGUAGCUUUGAUUUAUUGAUACGCCUUCAGAAUAAAUGACCCUGUCAUAGAGGUUGGGACAUUGGAGUCUGAACGCGUUCGCGGUAAUUCGGGGAGCAAUGUCUCCCUUGGCCGUCAUGCGUGUGUAUUUUUGCGCUUAUAAACACUAGAAAAAAUAGCUGUUCGAAAGGGCGAAGGCAGCGAAGUUAAAAACAUAUUUGGACGCAACGGAAAUUGAAUAAAAAGCCAGCAAUGGACGGUUUCUGAUAGAAAAGACAUCAAGUAACUAUUUAACCGGAAGCUUUAUCCCCUUUGGAGAGUGUCUAUAUCUGCAAGUAAACUUGUCUUCAGUAAGUGACCCUGUUAGUCACUUUUCCGUCGUAAUAUUUUCUAUUGUGUGCAUCCAGAACGAAGUCUUUCCCAGCUAUCCAGCGCAAAAUUUUCCAUCACCACAGAAGGCUGACUAGAACCGUGACUAUUUUUCGAUUCCAGCAUGUGUGUAACGUGUUCUCACGUUAUUCCGCAUACAACAUCAUGCAUGCAUGUUGAUCCAGGACACCUUAUACAAGUCAACUUCUGCUGAUUAAAGCAUAAUCCCCGUUUUUUUCUGGUUUAUCGUCCGUCCGAACAAUGAACAGCCAGAGAUGAAAAGGUUCAAACUCCGUUGCAUGCCGUCUCUCAUCACUGUAUUUAGUACGUAGCCAUCCGUCAUCAGGAGGUCAUGGGCGCCGGCCUUAGAAACUCACAGAACCUGCAUGCAUCGGCUGCUGAGCAGUUGUCAGUCAGCUCGACAAUUGAUGUUGUUUUUCAGCCGCUCCUUGCGACAGCCACCCAUCAACACGAUGGAGAACAUGGGGUUAAAGAGGAUAGGGGGCAAGCAUACAGCCCUGCAUUACCCGUUUGUCAGAGCGAGUGCCUCCGAGAUUAAGUCGUUCUCCAAGAUGCACACAAUAAUCCCGUUGUGCAGUUGUUCAUCCGUCUGCCAGGAGCAUUACGGACAUCGGGAUUUUAUCAAUAUUUUCCACUCUCUGUAGCAAUUGACUGUGUGAAAGAUUUCAGUCAGAUCCGCAAAGGCAACUUGGAGGUUAGUUCGUAUUUCUUGUCGCCUGGCUUGCAGUUGUCAUGGUUACACUGUCCGAUCCCAGUAUUUAGAAUAUUUGAUGACGACAACCACUCUGGGAAUGAUAAGUGCGAUAAAAUCAAACUCCCCGAUAUUGGCCCAGCGUCAUAUUACAGCUUGCACUUGGUAAAGUGGAAGAUGUCUCUAGUCUUUGCUCUCCGUUCUUUGCCUGGAAGCAUUGACCGACAGGACUGAGUAAGCCUUCGAUAAAUAAGCUACAUUUGCCGUCAUUGUUUCUGCUCGGCAGAAACUUGAGGAAAAUCCAUGUUCAUGCCGCUCUCCCCCCCCCCCCCAUUCACGAUGGCCACGUGGUAAUAACAAACUUUAAGCAAACUGUAUUUAAAGAACUCCCGGCAAACGGCCGUGUAUGGCAGUUAUGUGUUGUCCCUUGCCUUUUUUGACUAGUAGAUAUAAAGGAACGGUAUUGACAACAUUAUAGCACUUUAUGCCUUCUGACGUUAUCAGAUUGUGAUUGUCCCAAUCCUUCUGAAUCAAAUGUAAUAGAAUAUUUAGGCCAAAUCUAACUUGUAAGACAAGAACGCUUUUCAGAAAAAAAACCCAGAAGUGAAUACGCCUUUCUCGUUUGUUGUCGUGUGGUUUUUACAUCAGACAGAUUUUCAGUAAUAUCACUUUCACUUUCUGACAGGCAACAGUACUGGAAAGAUACAGUAUUGUAGAAUUUCUUGACGACAUUAGUCUCUGCAAGGCCUCUCUCAUCUUCGCCGUAAUCGAUCAAAAUUUCGCGGGCGUUCUACUGCGCAAACUGGAGGAACGCACAGGGGAAUUUCCUAAUCUUGUGGUGUUCAGUGCCACUCGUCAGUCCAACACAAGCAACUCCGUCGAGGAAAGUGACAACAAGCAGACAAACACUCCUUUCUCUCCGUUCUACGGACCCGACAGCCUCUUGCCCGGACAAUAUGAUAUUUACGGCAUAGAUGGACUCCUCACGAGUGCCAUUGACUUACUGCCGCUCUCGAAGCUGCCUAUCGCGGAGAUCGAAGAGGUGAGAAGCGGUCAUUCAUUGUCACUUUUUGAUUUAAUGCGUCAAAAUUUCACUCGUUAGCUACUUGCGGCAACGUGUCCGAUUAAGUUAAUUUUCUAACUCUUUGAGUCUUUAAAGAGUUUUCUGCGAAACUGGGCAAACUGUCCUUUCUUUUGUGUCAGAGUAGCCUAACACAGAUGACCAACGUUGAUGGUUGAGCCGGUUUAAUGAUAUGCUUUGUCCAUUCUCUGCCUAGUAGCAAACUUUCAAUGAUUUCUUACCUAAUUUUCACUCCUGUGGGCUUUUAUCUCACAGAACAUCCAAGGAUAGAAAGUGGGCGUACUUGAAAAAAUUAUUAAUAUAAAACAAUUGAAUCGUCUGUUGUGAUCAAAUGUAGACAAGGGUCUGAAACCGCGAUACUCGGGGGAAAGUAAAGCUGUGAUCUAAACCCCAUCAUCCAACAGGAUUAUAGCAUUUACUGCAGGUUAUCCUAAGCUGUCAGACUGUUGUUAACCCCGAUGUACUGACAAAAAAUCGACUAGCAAUUCAUCUUUUAAGAAGAUACUACUCUGAGUUUUUGGUCUUUAUAGCGCAUCAAAAGCUACUUUCCUCAGUUGAACCUCGGCACCUUCUAUGGAAGCCACGUGCCAAUUCAUACGGCAACUCUCUUCACGAAAUCCGCUGCCAAACCGCAUUUGCCCUUUCUCCGAGGAAGUCUGGACAAGAGACCAAACCAGUAUGUUUAUAAUUCGGGGAAGGGGGCCCUGGGCGGACCGUCUGGAGGCCCUGGCUAUGCGGUAGCCCCAAUUGACCAGCAGGUUGCAGGCUGCGUCAACGUUUCUCCAAUUGACUGGCUUCGGAAUUACCUAAAGGUACCGGACGGUAAUGCCGAGCCAGCUUCAUGA